AUGCCGCUUUCCGCGCCCCACGCCGCCACUGACGCCAGCGACAGCAUCGGCGUCGGCGUCGGCGGCCCUGGUCCUAACUGCGUGGUCUGGCGUAGAGUUGGCGGCCGGUUUGAUUCUUCCUCCGGCUGUAGCAGCCCUCCGCAGCUGUUGCUACGUCUUCCUUUGGUGGGUGCGGAUUCCGUGGAGGACUGGGUGAGGUUGCUGGAGCUGAUAUACCCGCCAACACGGCUACCCCGGCCUGCCAUUGGAUGGGACAAUAUCGACUCCGUGAUUGUGCUGGCGGACAAGUACGGCAUGUCCGGAUUGUUGCUACUGUGCGAGGCGUUCCUGUUGAGCAACGGUGGCGGCGGUGGCGGCGGCAGUACGACUGGCGCCGCGUUUAGCUGUGACCCGGAGGACCGGGCCUACGUUUGGAAGUGGCUCCAGAGGGCGGAUAGGUUGCGGAUGGAACGGGUGGGUUAUGGUUAG